GUUUAAAGAUUGACACUGCCUAUACUCUUCACUUAACCCAAGAAGCCACUGGAAAUCGCCCAAAGACCCACUGGGGGAGAUGGACACUGUUUCCCAGAAGUAAAUACAGCUCAGCUUGUACUUUGGAACAAUUGGUCAACCUUGCUACUUGCACAAUCUGUCGGCAAAGGUUAUGCGGUGCCUGAACAUGAUCAUGGCAGAACCACCGGGCCUCAUCACCAUCUGCCUUUUAGGAUAUCUACUCGGUGCUGACUGUACAGUUUUUCUUGAUCAUGAAGAUGCCACGAAAAUUCUGCGCCGGCCCAAGAGGUAUAAUUCAGGCAAACUGGAAGAGUUUGUUCAAGGGAACCUUGAGAGAGAAUGUAUGGAAGAAAAGUGUAGCUUUGAAGAAGCACGAGAAGUUUUUGAAAACACUGAAAAAACCACUGAAUUUUGGAAGCAGUAUGUUGAUGGAGAUCAAUGUGAGUCCAAUCCCUGUUUGAAUGGCGGCAUAUGCAAGGAUGACAUUAAUUCCUAUGAAUGCUGGUGUCAGACUGGAUUUGAAGGGAAGAACUGUGAGUUAGAUGUAACGUGCAACAUUAAGAAUGGCAGGUGCAAGCAGUUUUGUAAAUUGGACGCUGAUAACAAGGUGGUUUGUUCCUGUACUACCGGAUAUCAACUUGCGGAGGACCAAAAGUCCUGUGAACCAGCAGUGCCAUUUCCAUGCGGGAGAGUUUCUGUCCCACACAUUUCUACGACGCACACCCGCGCUGAAACUCUUUUUCUCAAUACGGACUAUGAAAAUUCCACUACGGACUAUGAAAACUCCGCUGAAGCUGAAAAAAAUGUGGACAACGUCACCCAACCAUUGAACGACUUGACUCGAAUUGUUGGUGGAAAAACCGCCAAACCAGGUCAAUUCCCUUGGCAGGUCCUUUUGAAAGGGAAAAUUGAUGCGUUCUGUGGAGGCUCCAUCAUCAAUGAAAAAUGGGUGGUAACUGCAGCCCACUGUAUUAAUCCGGAUGUUGAAAUUACUGUUGUUGCAGGUGAACAUAACACCGAGGAGACGGAACAUACAGAGCAAAAGCGAAACGUGAUUCGCACUAUUCUUCACCACAGCUACAAUGCAUCUGUUAAUAAGUACAGCCAUGACAUUGCCCUUCUGGAACUGGACGAGCCCUUAACGCUAAACAGCUACGUAACACCUAUUUGCGUUGCUGACAGGGAAUACACGAACACCUUCCUCAAAUUUGGAUAUGGCUACGUGAGUGGCUGGGGGAAAGUCUUCAACAGAGGGCGACCGGCUACAAUUCUUCAGUACCUUAAAGUCCCCCUUGUUGACCGAGCCACAUGCCUUAGGUCCACCAAGUUCACCAUCUAUAAUAACAUGUUCUGUGCUGGCUUCCAUGAGGGAGGUAAAGAUUCGUGCCAGGGAGAUAGCGGGGGACCCCAUGUUACCGAAGUGGAAGGCAUUAAUUUCUUAACUGGAAUUAUUAGCUGGGGUGAAGAGUGUGCAAUGAAAGGAAAAUAUGGAAUAUAUACCAAGGUGUCCCGGUAUGUCAACUGGAUUAAAGAAAAGACAAAACUCACUUAAAGUAAAAUGUAUUUCCAAGGUUGACAUAUUGGGGGUUGAAAAUGGUCAGGGUCCUUUACUAACGAAUCACUUUCCUAUCUCUUUAGAUUUGACUAUAUACAUUCUAUGACUACUGCUCUCUCUCUUUAUGGGGAGAAAUCUAUCUAGAAUUCCUAUUUUACUGGAGUAAGUCAAUUAGAAAAUGUAAUCACUAGGGGGACCUGGGCGGCUCAGUCGGUUAAGCCUCCGACUCCGGGUCAGGUCAUGAUCUCAUGGUUCACAAGUUCAAGACCUUUGUUGGGCUGCAUGCUGACAGCUCAGAGCCUGGAGCCUGCUUUGAGUUCUGUGUCUCCCUCUUUCUCUGCCCCUCUGCUGCUCAUGCUCUCUCUUUCUCUCUCUCAAAAAUAAACAUUAAAAAAGUGUUUCUCUCUCUCUCUCUCAAAAAUAAACAUUAAAAAAAAUUUUUUUAAAGAAAAUGUAAUCACUACAGAAAUAUACUUUGAUAGGAAAUUGUGACCAUCUCUACAGGUCCAACCCUUGACAACAUUGUAAAGUUAAGUUCUUCAUGCUCCAUUGGGGCAACUCUCUGAUUCUCCACCUUGGCAGCAUUCCAUGUUCCAGAGCAUUCUUACCUCUCCCACCAAAACAUCACAAUUUAUUAGAUCUGUAUCCAGGAUAUUUGGUCUAGUUCACGAUAAGACCAGCACCACACUCAUAAAGGAAGAACACAGGAGCAGGUGACAGGGUGAAACUCACCAGAAACACCGUUCCUCUUCUGUACCCUUAUUCCCGCUUCCUUUAUCUCUUCCAUUUCCUAAUCCCAAAAUCAGCCCCCUCCCUUUCUCCUUUUCCCUACAUGGGCAUUAAAGGAGGGAAGGGCCACAUAAUUCUGUGUGACCGCUGUCCACGGUUACACAUGUCUAUCAAACCCAGACUUGCUUUCGGUUUGGUCUUUGACUUGCUUUUCAGAGCAAAGGGAUGACGUAAGGGACCUGAGGAGCUUGAGGGGAAGGAUCCUCUGAGAGAGUUGUGUUAUUAAAAUACAUGCAUCAUGGAAGGAAUGGCCCACCAGAAUAGUCCUCUAAGAGCUUGCAGUUGAGUUGUGAUGGAGGUAACUGAGAAUGGUGACAUCCACUCAGGUGUCUCGUCUCCCGCCUGAAAAAAAUGUUAACAGAAAGAGAACGGUCAGCGUGCAAUCAAGACCUAG